CCCAAAUCAUAAAAAAUUCAGAGUGGUUGUCUCCUGUAUAUAUUAAAAUAAACCCUAAUAAUGAAUUUUUUUCUUCGUUAGCUUGUUCGUUUAUCUGGGUUGGUGGUUAUUGCUGGACGAGACAACCCACCAGAUGUUGCGGCUUUCUGAAGAUUCAUAGAGAUAGCUGAGGGAUCGCACUGCAAUUUCAUACACGAGUCUCGCUUUCAGAGAGGUUACUUCUGCUCUCUUCACAUUCUUGAUCUGCUUCUCUUUCUCAGGGUGUGCCUCAUAAGAUAGCGUGAUGGGUUCUAGGUUCCCAUCUCAUCAGCUCAGCAAUGGCCUCUAUGUGUCCGGUCGGCCUGAGCAGCCAAAAGAAAGAACUCCAACAAUGAGUUCAGUGGCUAUGCCAUAUACUGGUGGUGACAUAAAGAAGUCUGGAGAACUUGGAAAAAUGUUUGACAUUCCUGUGGAUGGAUCUAAGUCAAGAAAAUCUGGGUCUAUGUCUAAUGCUCCUUCAAGAACUCAUUCAGGACCCAUCAAUCCUAAUGCCGCUGCCAGGGCCGGUUACUCUUCUGGUCCUUUUUCGUCCACGAUGGUGUCUGGUUCGGCUUCAAUGAAGAAAUCAAAUUCUGGGCCUCUAAAUAAGCAUGGAGAGCCCAUGAAGAAGGUAUCAGGACCUCAAUCUGGGGGAGCAACUGGACGUCAAAAUUCGGGCCCUCAACCACCGGUUCUCCCAGCAACUGGUUUGAUUACUUCUGGUCCCAUAUCCUCUGGCCCGCUGAAUUCUUCUGGGGGACCAAGAAAGGUCUCUGGGCCAUUGGACUCGAUGGGCUCUAUGAAAAUGCAUGGUCCCUCUAUCGUCAACAACCAAGCUGUGACAACUCUUACUCAACACGAUGAGUUCUCAUUCAGUAGGAACUUUCCAAAACCUAUACUGUGGGCAAUGAUUUUGCUAUUUCUCAUGGGGUUUAUCGCUGGAGGGUUUAUUCUUGGAGCUGUGCAGAACCCUAUACUCCUAAUUGUGGUGAUUGUUCUGUUUGCCGUUGUUGCAACUCUGUUCAUAUGGAACUCUUGGUGGGGAAAAAGAGCUAUCAUGGGUUUCAUUGCUCAAUAUCCAGAUGCUGAAUUAAGAACUGCAAAAAAUGGGCAGUAUGUCAAGGUUUCUGGGGUGGUGACUUGCGGAAAUGUACCUCUAGAGUCAUCUUUCCAGAAGGUUCCUAGGUGCGUGUAUACAUCUACAAGUUUAUAUGAGUAUCGAGGUUGGGAUUCAAAAGCUGCAAAUCCUACACAUCGCCGAUUUACUUGGGGGGUUAGAUCUUCUGAAAGGCAUGUAGUCGACUUCUACAUAUCCGAUUUUCAGUCUGGGUUGAGGGCACUGGUUAAGACAGGCUAUGGGGCAAAAACCACCGCAUAUGUGGAGGAGUCCGUGGUUGUUGAUGUCAAUCCUUUGAACAAGGAGCCAUCUCCCGAAUUCAUAAGGUGGUUAGGGGAGAGGAAUCUUUCAAGUGAUGAUCGCACGAUGCGGUUGAAGGAAGGGUAUAUAAAGGAAGGAAGCACGGUGAGUGUAAUGGGGGUGGUGCAAAGGAACGAAAACGUGCUGAUGAUUGUGCCGCCACCCGAACCGUUCACAACCGGUUGCCAGUGGUUGAAAUGCAUUUUCCCGGCCAGCCUCGACGGCAUUGUGCUGAGAUAUGAGGAUGCUUCAAAGACAGACGUGAUACCGGUGUGACAUCAGCGCCCCACCAGUAGGUUAUCAUGUGCUUUCUUUCAUUGAUUCAUUUUUCUUCAGGUUUUCAUGCUACUACUAUUACUACUACUAAGCCUACUGAAAGAUAGAGAGUUUCGUGGAGAUUGCGCAGUAUAGAUGAUGGAGGCGACAAUGCAAAUCUGAAUGAUCGCCCGCCCGUAUUUGGAUACAUAUAGUUUGAUUGAUAUCUAAUUUUCUGUAUAGUUUAUUAGGUUUUUUUUCUUCUUUAUCUUGCAAGGAUAUCAUUGAUGGUUAUGAGUGGUGUUUUGGGAAUCAAAGUUUUUUUCCAUGCUCUGACUGUGUGUGUGGGAACAAAACCUUUGAGUUGGUUCUUUUGUAUCAUAUAUCAGAAGAUUGAUCCUUUGGGUUUUUUUUGAUUCAGUGCUAGUUUGUUUGUUUGAGGAGGUUAAUAUAAUAUAAUGUUGAUUUGUUA